GGCAAGGUUCUGGCCGGACACGUGACGGGGACAGGGACGUGGGAGGGCGAUCACGUGACGGGGCCUCCCCUCCCCCCCACCAAGAUGGCGGUGUGCAUCGCCGUGAUCGCCAAAGAGAAUUACCCCCUCUACAUCCGGAGCAUUCCUGCCGAGCAGGAGCUGAAGUUCCAUUACACGGUGCACACAUCGCUCGAUGUGGUAGAUGAGAAGGUCUCUGCAAUGGGGAAGGCCCUCGUGGAUCAGAGGGAACUCUACCUGGGACUCCUGUACCCCACAGAAGACUACAAAGUAUAUGGCUAUGUGACGAAUUCCAAGGUGAAAUUUGUUAUGGUGGUGGAUUCUUCCAACACAGCACUUCGAGACAACGAGAUCCGCAGUAUGUUUCGAAAGCUACAUAAUUCCUACACAGAUGUCAUGUGCAACCCCUUCUAUAACCCUGGAGACCGUAUUCAUUCUAGGGCCUUUGAUAACAUGGUGACUUCCAUGAUGGUGCAGGUUUGUUGAGAGAGAGUAUAAUUUUCAGUUAUUUCUGAAAAAUGCCAUUUUGUAUAGAACUGUAUCAUGCAGUUAUGUGUGUGUAUAUAUAUAUUACCUCCUCCUGUGUAUAAUAUGAAAGUGGCUCUAUUUGGAUGUCUAAAAACUCUUAUGUAAAGUGAAUGAUUAUAGAAAGCUUACUUCAAUAAAAAGUUGAAUCAGUUGAAA